AUGCUUCAGCCAGUCAAACACAACUUCAUUGCCUCAGUUUUGCUAAGGUGCGUGAGCCCUUGGUUGGACGAAGGGGUGCCGGAGGUUGGCCAGCGCGUGGUUUACUGCAGCGACUACGGCUUGGCGGGUGUCGUCAAAUUUGCCGGUUCGACAGAGUUUUCCGACGGCCAUGACUGGGUCGGAACUAUGUUGGACAAGCCACGUGGCAAGAACGACGGAAGUGUGGCAGACAUGCAAAGCACACGCCUGCAGAUUCCGAAGCGGUUUGUUCAGGAUUGUAGUGAUAGCGAGGAAGUGAUGCAAAAAGUGAUAGCGACGGUAGGUGACAUCCAUGCUGGCAGCGUGACUUUCCAGAAUGUCUCUACAGGAAUCUUCGGCCUCGCCUUCCGGUCGUCAAGGUAUCGUGUGGAGAAACUGCGCAUCCGCGGGAACGAGCACUGCGACAAGACCGCGGUGGUACGAUCGCGCAGUUCAGCAGGUUUCCGCGGGAAGUUUGGCAGGCUGUGCAUCAUGGACACUGGGACCCCACGGAUAACUGUGCCACCGAAAGUCUUCGAUUCUGCCGCCCAGCUGAUCGAAGCCGGUCUGCGAACUGGACUUGCUCUGGGAGGCGGUAGCACUGAGCUCCGAUUUGGCCACGAUCUUCCAGAUGGGGGGUCUGGAGGCUCCAAAGUGUCGGGCUAUCAAAAGUGGGCUAUCCACUACACCGUCUUCGACAUUACCAAUCGGUCCGUCGUCUCCUCCAACCCACAAGAGCCGGGCACUGAAGCUUCACGAAGCGCCAUCUUUCAGAAAUAUCUGGCUGAAGCGGAGUCUCUGGGCUUGCUGCCACGUGGGAAGUGGCGCCGGAUGGAAGAGCUGCCAGGGCAGCCAGGGCAGGGUCCGCAGGCAUCGCAGGAGGGCGAGCAGGUGGAGGACGAGUCUUCACAGCUACAGCCCGACCCUGCGACCGACGAUGUCGACCAGGGUUCCGAGAAGCUUGACUUAGAGGAGGCCUCAGGAGAGCAAGAGGCGGGCCCGAGCACGGAGGAUCCGCCGUCAAACGAAGUUUUUGACGAGGCCGCGAAGCCCAAUGAUGGGCCCAAUCAGCCUCUAGAGCCUCUGCAGGCCUCGGAUGACGAGUCUUCGAGUUCAUCGCAGCCAGCGGAGGCGAACGAGCCGAAAGCUGCUCCGGCAAACGCCGCCGCUGGUGCCAAUGCUGCACCAGAUCGCGGACUUGCCAUCCUGCAAAAAUAUGAGGAGUUCAAGGAGAUGGGCCAUGUGGAAGCUGCUGCAGCAGUGCUAAGGCAGGGGCUCUACUUCUGCCCUGACAGCGCGGUGCUGAAAGCUCUGGCGGCCAAGGAAGGUGUGGAGCUUCCGGAGGAAGAUGACAGCAAGGGGCCUGCUGCACUGAUGGAGCAGAUGCGAAGAAGAGAGAUGAUGAUGCAGCAGAUGCACCUCGCCCAACAGCGCCAACGUAUGCAGCAGAUUCAACAGUGGCAAGCUCACCUUCGCAAUCCUCGCUACACAGCCCCUCCGACUCUGCCUGAACCAAGAAAGGGCAAGGUCGUGGUGCCACCUGCGCCUACGCGAUUUUACGACGAGCUCGAGUACCCGGACAAGAAGAAGGCUUCUCGUGGACUGGCCGCUGUUGCCGUGGGGGCGCUCUUUGGCUUUGUUGUUUCCAUCCUCGAGUGCUGUUCGGCCUACUACUUGGUAUGGUCUUUCCUGGCCUGCCACCUUGCGCUCAUCAUCCUUCUGCGGGACUCUGGCAGCGAGUGCGCGCUGCUUCUGGUGUGCGGGGUGCUGGCAUUCCAUGGUGGACAUGCUCUGGCGGAACUUGGGUCCUGGCUUUUGGCUGCAGAUGGUGAAGACUCGCUGGGGCCAUGGUCCAUCGUUGUCAUCUUCGCGUGCAUCUUAUACCUGCAGAGCUACUUGAAAGAGUGCAAAACUCUGCCACCGGACUACCUCUCCACGUUGUCCUUCUUUUUCCCGGUCUUUCCUGCCUAUGACGCAGCCGUGGCACUGAGCUGCCUAGAAUUCUUUCUGGAAUGGAGAUACUUCCCAGACUUCAAGCUGUGGACGCCUCUUGUCCUUUUAGGCAUUGUGUCUAUGGCCUUGGGCCAGGGCUUGGUGAGCUGGGCUGCGCGCGUGGCGGACAGAAACUUCUGGGCCUCGACACGGGAGCUCGAGGAGGAUGAGCUGGUGGGCUUGGAGAUUCCGAAUCGCCGGGUAGUCCGUGAAGGUCCCUAUGCCUGGGAACGCCACCCAGCGUACCUGGGAGCCCUACUCUGGGGUCUAGGCACGCAGCUGGCCCUGUGCAACCCGGGCAUGCUGGUGAUGGUCGGCUUUGUGCUGUGGGCAUCGCUCCUCCACGUCACCAUGGAGGAAGAGAAGGAGCUCUACGAUGAGUUUCCAGGCCUCUAUGUGAACUACGCGGCCCUGACUAGCUGCUGGAUUCCGGGUUUCCCACCUCUCUUGGAGAAUUCCGCUUUCCAGCGCGAGAUGGACGACAAUGCACCGGAGCAGGAAGGAAACGAGCUCAUGGAGCAGGAAGAGAGUGAAGAGGAGAUCGACGAAGAAGACGACCUCCUACCAACUUGGGAAGGAGUUCCCAAAGGUGGCGCGAUUUGGAACCGCCAGUUUCAGGAGCUGCGAACGGCUGCUGAAGAGCGUGACAUGGAAGCCUUGCAGAGGCGAAGCCUGAAGUUUGAAACCGGAAGCUCAGUGGAAGCCACGAGAAAGGUCAAGUCAGUACAGGAGCGCUUCGAAUCGGACGAGCCCUGGGUUGCGCAACUAGUCGCGGUCCAUCAUGAUUGCGGGGAAAUUGAUGUGGAUGACUUCGUGUCCCAACUGACCUUGCUCAGCUCACCGCAGACACGUCGCUUGCAGCGCUGCGCUACCCCUGACUGCCCAUACAGGGUCCAUGAGGAAGCCAGCUUCGGCGGCUACUGCUGCAAGCAGUGUCACUUUGUACAUGUUCGAGGGCCAGGCAAGUGCAAAGGUCCACAGCACGGAGGCCGUUGCGCGCAGCAGCAAGGUUCCCACCUGUCCUUGCAGGCUUUGGCCAAGCCACCCCUCAAGCCACAGGCAGGUGUCGGAUGUGUCGUCGCCGGCUUCUCCAGCCUUCAGCGAGUGGAGCGGAUGGCCAAGCCGGCGGCUCUUUCCAUGGCCGAGCCGAUGCCACGGGCAGCAAGGCUUCCCAAAGCCCAGACCUCGGACGCCGACGUUUGGAGCAGAGAAGAUGAUGUGGACUACAGUGGCUUGCGGGACGCCAUACAAGCCGCCUGCAGCUACACCUCCUCGUGGCCUGGAGUCUUCCUCCACCAGGUCUCCGUUGACUGCGACGGCAAGAAGCUCACAGCCCUCGGCGUGGGUCGGACGGUGGAGCAUCGGAUAAGGGCGGCCCUGGUGGCUCUGAGCGCCUCAGCCUGCGUGAACGGCCAGGAGACCCAAGAUGCUUCAUUGCAGCAGAUUGCGAUGGUGGCACGACGGAAGAAGGGAGAGAGGUGCCUCGCCGGGCAGCCGACAGGCAAGCGCAAGCGAGAGGACAUGGCGGAUGUGGUGGAAAAUCUGAAGGGUCUCUUCGCACAUUACCGCAGUGAGCAGCUGUCGACGCUGAGAGAUUUGAUAAAUUCUGUCGAAAGGCCGGCCAAGCAGCAGGCAGCCGGCCUUCCUAAGGAUGCCGUGCAGGAAGAAGAGUUCGAGGAGGUGGAGAUUUCUGAAGAGGACGAGCGUCGGUGUGCAGAGAAGAUAGAAUGCCUCAAGGCCGAGAGGGCUCGCCAGAUGGCCAGCCAGUCACGCAGGAAUAAAGCUCAAAAGAGCCCUGGCUCGGAGAGAGAAGCCGUGCCAGCACCGGGAGACGCGGGAGAAGAUGUCAGGGGCUGCUACCUGGCACCAACGCCGAAGCAGAGGUCCCGCCCACGGCCAAGUUCCGCCCCACAGAUUUCUGCAGCCACCACGCCCCCAGAAGCGCCGGCGAAGUCGCUCCCGAAGCCGAAGCCGAAGCCGAAGCCAAUGCCGUGCAAAGUGAAGAAGCUGUCUCAGCCACUCGUUCCCAAAGAGCCGCCCUAUCCUCCACCGGCCCACUUGCGAGCCGGCAUGAAGGUCUUUACAUCGCCUUUCUCUCCUGACACGCGGAUCACCGCUGAGCCGCAGUUUGAGAAGCUCGCCGAGAUGAAGGAGUCAGUUCAGGGACUGGCAGCGGGACCAUCGAUUCGGGAGGUUGCCGUCGAUGAGCUGAACUUUACGCAGAGCUCUUGCGGAGAGCGGUUUUCGGACGGAAGGACCUUCUUCGAGCUGCUGGAGGGCCUUUGGACGCAACGCAUCCACCUCUCCGCCGACUUCCUGGUCUUGGACUGCGUGGAGACCUCUGCAGGCAUCUCCAGCUUUAACAAUCGGAGGCUCUUCGUGCUCAAAAUGUUUCAAAAGCUGAAGGCCGAGGAGGUGAAGGUCUGGUGCACGAUCCGACGCCUCGAUCCAAACCUGGAGUCCGUCGUGGAAAUGGCCUUCGACCGCGGCUCGCACGGCUCAAAAAAGCAGCUGACAGAGCAGCUGAACCUGGUGAAGAACAUUCUUCGCCACCGGGACGACAUUUUCUCGAAGAACAUCAGAGUCCGCUACAAGAGCUGA